UUUUUUUUAUAAAAAUCCCACAAUUCCAUUACCGGAAGUAAAGAAAAUAUAUUAUGGCUGAUCGUUACUCAUUGAGAAUCGUGACAAAUAACCCGCAUUCUCGAGCCACAAACAGUAGAUAUACCGAAUUAAACAGCCAAGAUCUUGAGGAGGAAGGUCCAUUGGAUGACGUGCCACUCAUCAUGUCUGAAGAUGGCAUGGACAGCGAAAAUGAAAGCUUAACAAGGAAGGGAAAAAAGAGAGGAACAUUAUGUGGCUGCCUCAGCAAUAUAUAUGACUCCUGUACAAGUUGCUGUCAGUCAUGUAAAAGGGUGGUCUUCAAGGAGAAGGAACUGAAGCCACGUGAUGUGUGGCUUGGUCGACAUGGACCUGAAGAAGAGAGUUACCCAGCCAACAAAAUACGAAACCAGAAAUACAACAUCAUUACAUUUCUGCCACUAGUUCUCUACAACCAGUUUCGGCUUUUUCUCAAUCUGUACUUCCUAAUAAUGGCAAUCUCCCAGUUCAUCCCCUCUCUGCGAAUAGGCUACCUGUACACAUACUGGGCCCCGUUGGCAUUUGUUAUUUUUGUAACAAUGGUUCGUGAGGCGCUGGAUGACUUCCGACGUUUUUGCCGAGAUCGCGAGGUCAACGGCCAAGAGUUCAUGAAACUAACACGAGCAGGCAUUGUCAAAGUUCCCAGCUCGGACAUACAAGUGUCCGACCUGAUAGUAGUGGAAAAGGACCAGAGGGUACCUGCUGACAUGGUGUUCUUGAGGACAACAGAAAAGAAUGGUUCCUGUUUCAUCCGUACGGACCAAUUGGAUGGAGAGACGGACUGGAAACUGAGACUAGCUGUGGGAAGCUGCCAGAGGCUAGCAAGAGAUGAGGAUUUGUUGGACCUGAAUGCAUUUGUGUAUGCUGAGAAGCCACAAAAGGAUAUUCACAGUUUCAUUGGCACCUUCAACAUGCCUUCAGCAGAGGGUUCUACAGCAAGGGACACAUUGAGUAUUGAAAACACUAUCUGGGCUAACACUGUGGUAGCAUCUGGACGGGCUCUUGGAGUGGUCAUCUAUACAGGACGUGAGACACGAGCUGUCAUGAACACAUCUUACCCACACUCUAAGAUUGGUCUACUGGACCUAGAAAUUAACACCCAGACCAAAGUUCUCUUCAUUGGCACUAUUAUACUUGGCAUUCUCAUGAUAAGCCUCAAGGGUUUUGAUGGUCCAUGGUAUCGGUACUUCUUCAGAUAUGUGCUCCUCUUCUCCUCCAUCAUCCCGCUGAGUUUGCGUGUUAACUUAGACAUGGGCAAGAUAGUGUAUUCUUUCUUGAUCCAACGAGACAAAGAGAUUCCUGAGACAGUAGUACGUACCACUACCAUACCAGAAGAGCUUGGUCGUAUCUCUUAUCUAUUGACUGAUAAGACAGGAACGCUUACACAGAAUGAAAUGGUGUUCAAAAAGCUACACCUUGGGACUGUGUCAUUUGGCCAAGAUUCCUCUGAUGAGCUGCGGGCACACCUUCUGACUUCUUAUUCCCAACCCACUAUACCUGCAACUACCACCCCAUCCCGUAAACCAGCUGUUAGACGGACAGUGGUGACUAAGGUUUAUGAGUCAGUCAAGGCCAUAGCACUGUGUCACAACGUAACUCCUACAUAUGAAGAUGGAGAGAUAAAUCCAGAGGAGACUGAAGCUGAUCAGGCUAAUGAGAGCAAGGUGGUGUACCAGGCAUCCAGUCCUGAUGAGGUUGCUCUAGUAUCAUGGACUGAGGACAUGGGUCUUGCUUUGGUGAAACGAAACCUGAACUCCAUGUCAUUACGGACACCAACUGGGAACAUCCAUAACUACUCCAUCUUGCAGAUCUUCCCUUUCACUUCUGAGACCAAGCGCAUGGGUAUCAUUGUCAGGGAGGAGGAGACGGGUCAAAUCGUUUUCAUCAUGAAGGGAGCAGAUACUGUUAUGAGUUCCAUUGUGCAAUACAAUGACUGGUUAGAGGAAGAGUGUGGUAACAUGGCACGUGAAGGGCUCCGUACUCUGGUGGUUGGAAAGAAAGUACUGACAGAAGACCAAUAUGCCGACUUUGAGCAUCGCUACCACCAAGCCAAAUUGACCAUUGUAGACAGAACAGCCAAAGUUGCUGCUGUAGUAGAGAGUUUAGAGAGAGACUUGGAAUUACUAUGCUUGACAGGAGUUGAAGAUAAACUACAGCAAGAUGUACGACCUACACUAGAGCUGCUUAGAAAUGCAGGAAUUAAGAUCUGGAUGUUGACUGGUGAUAAGUUGGAAACAGCUACAUGCAUAGCCAAGAGCGCUAAGCUAGUAUCCCGCAGUCAAGACAUCCACAUAUUCAAGAAGGUGGGCAAUCGCUCAGAAGCUCAUCUUGAGCUGAAUGCUUUUAGGAGGAAGUCUGACUGUGCAUUGAUCAUCAUGGGCGAGUCUCUAGAUGUGUGUCUGAAGUACUAUGAGCAUGAGUUCAUUGAGUUAGCCUGUCAGUGCCCAGCGGUAGUCGUCUGUCGUUGUUCUCCAACGCAAAAAGCUGACAUCGUGGAGCUUCUUAAGACCCACACUGGCAAGAGAACAUGCGCAAUAGGUGAUGGUGGUAAUGAUGUAAGCAUGAUCCAAGCAGCCAAUGCUGGCGUUGGUCUUGAAGGAAAGGAAGGACGACAAGCCUCUCUAGCUGCUGACUUCUCACUGACUCAGUUCCGUUAUGUUGGCCGUCUGCUACUGGUCCAUGGUCGUAAUAGUUACAAGCGGUCUGGUGCCUUGAGUCACUUUGUCAUGCAUCGUGGCCUCAUCAUAUCAGUCAUGCAAGCUAUAUUUUCCUCCAUCUUUUACUUUUCGUCUGUUGCACUCUACCAGGGUGUGUUAACUGUAGGCUAUGUGACUGCUUACACCAUGUUCCCAGUCUUCUUGCUGGUCAUUGAUCAAGAUGUGACUGCAGAGACAGCGAUGAGAUAUCCAGAGCUGUAUAAAGAUCUGAUCAAGGGUCGAGAGCUCUCGUUUAAGAUGUUCUUCCUCUGGGUUCUGAUCAGCAUAUUCCAGGGUGGUAUCAUCAUGUAUGGAGCACUCUAUCUCUUUGAAGGAGAGUUCAUCCAUAUCGUGGCAAUUUCCUUCACAUCAUUGGUCAUUACAGAGCUACUAAUGGUAGCCUUAACCAUCCGUACAUGGCACUGGAUGAUGCUAGUAGCUGAGGUUUUUAGUAUGACAGCUUACGUCAUCUCCCUCUUUGUGUUUGAUAGCUACUUUGAUCGUAAUUUCAUCAUCACUGGAGCAUUCUGGUGGAAGGUGGUUGUCAUAACUCUCAUCAGUUGUGUUCCUCUGUACAUCCUCAAGUAUCUGCGCAGACGUUUCAGCCCAUCAACAUACUCCAAGCUGAGUGACUAAAAGUAUGACCAAAGCCAUUUGAAAACAUAUCACAUGGGAUAUGCAGCGGUAUUUAACUGCAUUAGUCACAUCUACAUCUCAUACAAGAGAAAUGCACCAUAGUUGAGAAUGGCACUAAAGCCUCCUUCCAAUUGCUAGUUUUUCAUGCUAAUCUGUAGUAUUGCUGACAGCCCACUUAUUUUGCACAAUAUACUGGUAACACAUCCAUGUACUCCUAAUUCAAAUUGACGAUAUUCAAAUAGAGUUUGUCAAUGAGUGCAAAUAUCCAUAUGUGACUCGGCAUAAGAUUUUUGAGACUUUGGACUGAAAACAGACCUGUUAAAUCUGAAAAAAAAAUGCAUGACUUUGCAAAGAAAGUAACACAAAAGAAGCAUCUAGAGAAAUUUCAUCCAAUUUUCAGACUUUUUUGAGUCUUAAUUGGCAAUCUCAUUCCUGACUUGGGCUCAUAUACCCCCAACAAAUGUAAAAAGUUUGUGCAUUAACAUGAAGAGAUGAUGUCGUAUUUAUUAUUUGACAGUGUUAAACAAAGUGAUGACUGAAAAAAGUAUAUUAUUUCUAUUUGUCAUAAUUAUAUCUUGACAUAAGUGGUGGUAAAAAAAACACCUUAAAAAGUGACGGAGGUAAAAAUGGGUUUGAAAUGAAGCCAAGAGAGCAGAUAACACUAA